AUGCGAAGUGUUCUGAGGAAGGAAAUAAUCACACAUUUGUGUAACAAAAUAAGAUGUGCAAAUCAUAUACAAUGGUAUGAAGGUAGAAGGCGAAUAAGUAGUGCCACCGCGAACAUUGGGAAGAGGAAUUGUCUGAGUAGCCGUCUGUUCAGUUCAUUCGAAACAAAAAUACCUGGAAGUCAAGUAGAACAAGUAGUCGACGGAAUAGCAUUCACCAUUUAUGAUAAUACAAAUAUAUUCAAGGAAGAGACCAGUAGCACCCCGAUAGUGUUAAUUCAUGGGUGCUAUGGAAGCAAAACUAACUUUCGUGUUUUUAGCAAAAGUUUAAAAAGCAGUAAAAUUGUAACCCUUGACUUACGGAACCAUGGCAACUCAAAACAUACAGAUAGUAUGAAAUAUGAAGAAAUGGAAAAUGACGUAAAAAAAGUUUUGGAUAAACUUCACAUUAGGAAAUGCUGCCUAGUUGGUUUUAGUUUAGGUGGGAAGGUAUCCAUGUACUGUGCGCUAAAAAACGAGUCUCUUUUUUCUCACCUAGUGGUGAUGGACAUCCUCCCCUUUGACUACAAUGAGAAGAAAUGCCAUGUGAAGCUUCCUUACAAUAUUAGUUACAUGACGAAGAUUCUCUUUAACAUUAAGACGAAGCUGCGUCCGAGAAGCAAAGCCCAGUUUGUGGCCCACCUCCGAGCACAGGUCCCGGACAUAUCCAGGUCCUUCGAGCAGUUCAUCUGCACGUCGCUUAGAGAAGAAAGGGCAAUAGUGGGCAAUGCAGCUGCAGUGGUGGAUAAGCCGAAGGGUGGGGUGAACCUCGUUGAUGCUUCGAACAUUAGUGGCGUGGACGCGAUUGGCAGUUCCGAGGACCCUCCCGCCGAACAGCAAAACCUCGUGUGGAAAAUUAACGUGGACACCAUAUUCAAAGAACUCCCACACAUUCUCAGCUUCCCACUAAAUCACCAAGAGCACAAAUAUAACAACCCUUGUAGUUUUAUCAUUGGCAAGAAGUCAGAUUUAGUCUAUACCAUGCCGCAGUACCAAUCAAUUAUACAGAAUUACUUUCCCUCCAGCCAGAAUUUUAUUUUACCUGAUGCGACUCAUACUGUUUAUAUUGACAAUGCAAAGGAGUGUGCUGAUAUUGUUAAUAGGACAUUGGGCGUGUGA